GGGAAGAGAAGAAGAGAGUGAAGAGAUAAGGGAGAAAAAGAGAAGACAGAGAAUCAUAGGCCAUGUUAAAAUGAGCAGAGGGGAGAAACGUGGUGAGAUACAAGGGGCAGAAGAGGAGAAGAAGAAGAAGACACAAUGUGCACAGUCACCAACCAGAAGAGCAGAAGCAGCAUGAACACGAACAUCGAAUGAGUACCUGGUGGGAAUGAAUCAAACGCUCAGAUGACAGAUUUGGAGAAAAGAAGAAGAAGAAAGUGUCGCUCUGAACGCAGGCAGUCGACUCUUAACAGCUGACUCAGAGCCGAAGAAGAACAAGAGGAAAGAGCAGACUCAUGCUGCUUGUUAUUCAACAACAGAGCAAGCACGGCAUUUAAAAAAAAAAGAACAAGAUUCUCUGAAGGAUUUCCUAAAUGACCUAAGGAGGACGCAUGAACCUGGAUCUCGUGCCUGGGCUCAAGGAAUAGUCUCAUCUCAGGAAAAGCAAGUGGAUAAACCUCUGUGAACGUCUGACUCCAAGCUCUCCUCUCCUCAGGCCUCCUCCGUCCAGCCACAAUGCCUGAACGAGUGAGUGACUUCCAGGGUCAGAGCUUUCACAGGCUGAGGCGGGCCUGCUUGCGUCGAGGGGUGCUCUUCAAGGAUCCCCUGUUCCCUACCACUGCCCAGUCCCUGUUUUAUAAAAGGGAGCCUCCGCUGGGACUGACCUGGAAGAGGCCGAGGGAAAUAUGUAAGGACCCCCGUCUGUUUGUCGAUGGCAUCAGCACUCGUGACCUGCACCAAGGCAGUCUGGGUAACUGCUGGAUGGUGGCUGCCAUUUCCUGCCUGGCAUCUGAGCCAUCUCUGUGGAAAAAGGUCAUCCCUGACCACAUGGAACAGGAGUGGAACCCAAAACGUCCUGACUUAUACGCCGGAAUCUUCCAUUUCCGGUUCUGGCGCCUUGGCCGUUGGAUGGACGUUGUUGUGGACGACCGUCUGCCGGUCAGUGCGGAUGGUGCGCUGCUCUUCUGCCGCUCAGCGACACCACGAGAGUUCUGGAGCGCCCUGUUGGAGAAGGCCUACGCCAAACUCAACGGCUGCUACGAGGCCCUGGAGGGCGGAAACACUGCAGAGGCCCUGAUUGAUUUCACUGGGGGAGUUUCAGAGCCCCUCAGUCUGGAUCGUGGAGCCCUCAGCCUGCACAGCGACCACAGGAGGAUGUUCUUCCAAACGUUAGCCAAGGCACACGAAUGCAAAGCCCUCAUCACCUGCUCCAUACGUCCGGCAGAGGGCGAGACAGUGGAGUCAGUGUUGGACUGUGGCCUGGUACGAGGACACGCUUAUGGGAUCACAGCGGUGAGGAAGUUGAGGCUGGGGGAGAGGUUUCUGAAGACAGGCGGGAUGUCCAGACUCUUCAUGGUGCGCAUGAGAAACCCGUGGGGGACCACAGACUGGACGGGUGCCUGGAGUCAGAGAUCGCAGCAGUGGCAACAGAUGAGUCGUGCAGAGAGGGAGAAAAUGGGCCUCAUUGUUCGAGACGUUGGGGAGUUCUGGAUGGAGUUCGAGGAUUUCUGUCACUACUUCACAGAUGUGGUUGUGUGUCGGCUGGUGGAGAGAGCUCUGCUGUGGCCGAGCUCUCACUGGAGAGAAGUACGCUGCUACGGGGAGUGGGCUCCAGCUCCCACCACCCCUGGGUCACCUCCAUCCACCGUCCCCCACAGCAACUAUGCACUGACCCUUGGUAAGAGCAAUGUCAAACCUGGAGGGACCAAUAAGCAACGAGGGGACCGAAAGGAGGCCCGACUUGGGGAGAGUCAGCAGGAGGGACGGAAAAGAGGAACGAGUGAGGCUGUGAGAAAGGUGGUGAGGGAAGAUGAUGGAGGAGAGGGAGAUGGAGGAUGGGAGGCACAGGUGGAUAAGAGGAGUCGAUGUGGAGGAUGCAUCAACCACAGAGAGACUUUCCUGCACAAUCCGCAGUUUAUGUUUGAGGUGAAAGGCAAAGAGGAGGAGGUGUUGAUCUGUUUGCAGCAAGAGGACAGGAGGAUAAGGAGGAAAGAUGGAGGAGGAGAAAAUCUGCCUAUCGGCUUUGAGGUGUUGAAGGUGGAGGUGAACCGCUGCAGCCGGGUGCAGUGUGUGGUGGAGCAGGCGGCCAGCUCCGUCUACAUGGACUCCCGCAGUGUAACACUGAGGGCAACUCUGGCUCCAGGCCGCUACGUCGUGCUGCCCACCACCUUCCUGCCGGGCGUGACCGGGCGCUUCUUGCUACGACUCUUCUCCCAUUCCCAUGUCAGACUCAGGGAAUUGAGGGAGGAUUUGCCCCCUCCCUCUGUGUUCCAGUGUUUUCUACCUCAGCCCACAGUGGUGACCACAGUCCAUCUCCGCAGGGCGUCAGGACUCAGCCCUCCCAAACAGACAGCUCCAGAUGUUUACGCCGUAGUGCGAUGUGAGAAUGACACCAUCAGGACGAGGGUGUUCGAGGCAGAGGGAAACCCUGAAUUCAACCUCAGAACAAUCUUCUACAGGACACGCCCUGACACACACAUUUCUAUCGAGUUAUGGAGCAGAGGUCUGCUGUGGGACUCGGUGCUCGGCGUGGCUCGGCUCCAGACGGCGGAGUCUGACAGGAGUCGGAGCCAUGUGAUUGAUCUAAGGGGCGGCCAGUCCCGGUCAGGAUACCGAGGUUGCAUCUACCUUGACACGUCCUCCAGUGUCUGCCUCACAGACUUGUGACAGCGUCCGCUGGUUGCCCGGGUAACUAUAUCAAGCUAUGGCAACCACAACAAAAAAAACUUCAUGGACAUAAUUUGUGUUGGACAAUUCGUAAAAAUAUACUCUACAAAGGUGCUGUAGUCAGUUUUUCAUUUUUCAAGUUUACUGUGUAUUUCAAAUCAAACUGAAAUCUGACAGUUAAGAAUAAAAACAAGUUUCCAUUAUCUAAAAGAUGUGAGCUUGUGUGUGUAUCUGCUGGUCAGAUAUACAGGUGGACGUCCUUCACAACUUCAACAAUUUAACAAAAGAAGAAACUGCUGCCAAAAUUAGUUUUGUUGUGCGUUAUCAGACCAUUUAUUAAUAAUAUUUUCUUGCUGUUGUCAUAAAAUGUUUUUAAUGAUACUAAAACUACAUAUUUGAAGACUUAAGUAAGAAACACUUUCACUUUCACCUGCAGCUCAGAGGGUUUGCAUUCCUGCGCGUGUUUGUUCAUGUCUUCUGCUGACUUCAGACAGCCUCAUGUCUCAAAGUGAUUAGAUAAAACCAGAAGCAGGUCAAACUUACAAACCACCUUUUAUGCCAUAAAAAGGUUUGACAUUUUUUUCUGAUCUUUAGACCACUGUAGGACAAGAAUUGUUGCAUUUUGAGACACUGUGUUGGCUUAAACCUACACUCACAAGGUGAAAGGAAGACAAUGAAGGAGCAUGAACAUAUUCCUGAUUAAAAUCUCUUUUACAAAGUGUUUGACAGUUUUAUGUAUUUUUCUACUGACGACAUUUACUGUCACAAACUUUUCUACACAUCACUGCGGCUGAUUCUGUUCAGGAAAAUCAUCCAUCCAUUCUACCAUCUAUGUGGCCAUACCUGUUUCACAGCAAAGCAUACAAACUUUAGAUAAAAGGCGAGGGAGUCAUUCAGCUGCUAUCUGUUCUCAUUUGACAGCAUUUGAUUAUCAGGAGGUUCAGCCUCUCAUCGUAUAUUUGAGAGUGAGAAGAAGAGAAAUGAAGGAUCACCUGUGUUUAAAGUAUAAAACAUGCUUUGCUUUAUGAGGUUUUACUCUGUCUGUGUUUAUGACUCAGAAGUGUUGAAUUAUGGAGUUACCCUCUGACAGUCAGGGGCCUGCCUAGUUUUU